UAUAUAUAUAUUUGUUUCUGGAAGAAUAUUUUAUUACUGAAUUAGUAUUACUUUGUAUCAUUUACAAAUUUCAACAAUGAAGUUCACACAUCUUUUAUUGAUUUGUCUUAUGUCAUUUAUGUUCUUUACAUUUGUUCAAUGUGACUGGGACGAAGAAGAGGAACCUAAUGAAAAUGAAGAAGGAACACCAAAACCUGUUCCACAUGGGAAACACCCAGUUUUAAGAAAAGUAUUUUUAAGUGCACCAUCAUGGAUGCAUAUACCAUUUUCUAUUGUUGGAGCUGCAUUAACAUACAUUGCCUACCAUUUCUAUGGUUAAAAUAUGAAGAAAGAUUGAUUUGUUCAAAAGAGAAACUUCAAUAUCGAUUCAUUAACUGUAUUCAAAUUAAAUGACAUAAAUUACGAAUAUAAUUUUUGUAGUAACAAAAGUUUCAUAGAGAAAAAUUUGCGAUGAUAGUCCUUCUUUCUUUUUUAUUUCUUGUUUUUCUUUUAUUGUUUAUCACUUUUUAUUUCAAAUUUAUGUAUGAAACCUGAAAUUAUUUCUUAGAAACUGGCUUCAUUACCAAGUAAUCACAAUAAUAGCGAAAGUGUAUUGAACCGAACACGGAUGGGGACAAUCGAAGUGUAUUAAACACAAAAUUACAAAGUUAUUCCUUAAAAUAGAAAAUCAAUACAGCAAAUCAUUAAUUUGCAAAAUAUCAGUCCAUCAUAUCAAACCGGACUGUUCCUGUUGUAAUCAGCAAUCCAUUGUCUCAAAUUUCAUUGUUCAUGAGUUUUCUUAUAAAUUGCAUUGUGUUCA